UCUGCACUCUUUUUCAAAGAGUUGCACGUUUGAUUGUAGAACGUGCAAUCUGCAUACGUAUUGACGCGGUGUCUGCAUUACAUAUACGUAUUUAUUAUUACACAUUAUCUACAUUCUCGGCAGCACAUCUUGAGAUCAAUCUCGGAACUCGCUCGGAUUACGUGGCCAACACCAUUUUGCUCUCGCUCUCGGUUCUCUUUAACCUGCCUGCCAUUUUACGCGAUCUUUCAGCCCGUCAGUGACUGCGUAUUUGACAGCGGUGCCCGCGGUCAUAGGUCAUAUGUGAAUUCGUCGUUGCCGAUUGAUCGCGACCGACGUGUGGCUUGUUGGAUGAAACCGCGGUCUCGGAUGCGCGUGGUCGAUAUACGAAAUAGAAUGUUAGUGUGAGCAAUUAUCGGUAUCAUAUUUUGGAGUUAAAGAUCGAAAGAUAGUUGGGAUUAUAUACAAGUGUUGUGAUCAUCCUCAAGAACAACGAUGGAUAUAGAUCCACCAGAAUUCUCGUCAAAGGACGACGAGAUUCAAUAUUGGAUGGAUCUAGCUCAUCAAAUGCAUCAAAGAAAAUAUGAUGUUGAACGUGAACUGGAAGAAUUUCAAGAGAAUUCACAAAUGUUGGAGAAAGAAUUAGAAACCUCCUUGGAACAAGCAGAAAAAAUGAACACGGAAUUGAGACAGAGAAAUACAAGACUUGCUACAGAAGUUGAACAGUUGAGAAUGCGAUUAGAUCAGCAAUCUACAGAUUGCUCCAUGUUCCAAGGGAAAGCACAAGAUUUGCAGCAACAACAUGAGCAUCUUUUGAAGUAUAUUAGAGAACUUGAACAAAAAAAUGACGACUUGGAAAGAGCACACAGGAUAAAUAGGGUUACGGAAGAGGAAAUAGAAGCUAAGUUUAAUUUAGCUAUAGAAAAGAAUGCCUUACUUGAGUCAGAACUUGAUGAAAAAGAAAGCCUAAAAGUUAUAGUGCAAAGACUUAUGGAUGAAGUUAGAGAUUUGAAGCAGGAGAUACAAGUACACGAAAGGCAUCAUGCCGAUAAUAAUAAGACCGUUGAGAGAGUUCGUAAUAGCAUCGUCGACAGUAACAAGUUACAGGCCGAAUUGGAAUCAAAUUCACCUGUUAGCCAGAUAGUUUCACAAACCAUACCUUCGAAUAACACAACGACUUCGCCAAUAAAACUUGGACAUGGGAUGGUAGGGGGUGUUAUUGGAAACAACAAUAAUAAUAAUAAUAAUAGCCAACCAUUGCCACCCUGUACCAGAAUACUGGCAAUGAAUAUGAUUGGUGAUCUCAUGCGAAAAGUCGGGGCAUUGGAAAACAAGCUGAAUACAAGCAAAAACGCAUUUCGAGAAGAUCAAGUUCGUGAUCUCUACAGAACUAGACGGCAAGUGAGAAGCCCAGCCUCAGGAAACAACAACCAUAUUCGAUUGUAAGCGCAAGAUAAUGUCGCAGCGCAAUCAUCACAUUGUACAAUCCCGAGGUGUAAUGUUCGUAACGAAAAUUUAUUUAAUGACUUUAAGUCUUAUUAUUAAGUUAUUCCGAAAAUUCAGUUAUUCGCAAAAUUAAAAAGCACUCUAUCAUGCCAAGAAUGAAAAGUUAUUCACAUGAUUUACACAGGCAUAGAAUAAAAUUUUUCUUAUGAUAGCUUGCUUGUUAAAAAACAUUGUAUAAAAUAAUUAUAAAUUCGCAAAGUUGACGAAUUAUACUUUUCUUCAAUUACAUAUAUCGAAUGACAUUAAUUUGCUGCUAUAAUUAUCACAAGCGAUAUUUUUCAAAUGUCGAAUUAAAUGCUGCUAAUGGAAUAUCACUGUAUUCCUACUCUUUAUACUGUUCACACUAUAAUUCGUCAAAUAUUUUCGCUUGCGUUUUUGUUACGACAAAUAAAUGAUUUAUUUACUUAUAAAAACUUACAUGUGUAAGUAUGUCGCUUUGAUAACAAAAUAUAUCGGUAUCCCCCGAUUUGAAUCGAUUUCUCUAUCAUGUUAACUCUUUCAAGCCUAUUAUGCUACAUUAAUAUAAUAUAUAUACAUAUAUUAAUACGAUUGCCACACGUGCAAUAUAUAACUAUGUGGUAUGUAGUAAAUGAUAACUAAUUUUCAUGUAAAUAACAAAAAAUAAUAAUACAAAAUAUAUAUA